AUGCGGUUGUUCUCAAUUACCGCCGCCUUGGUGGCUGUAUUGUUUGCAUCAGCUACCAACGCAUUCCAACCAAGCCUUCCCAUUUCCCGUCAUGGCGUUUCUGUUCCCACAAGCUCCCUAUUGCACCAAAGCUCUGGUAGCACGGAAAACGCAGCACCCUGUGAUACCCCAGAUGUAGAAAUCCCCGAGGGUGUUACGGCUCAAGUCUUGCGCUCCGCCGUAUUGACAAAUGUCAAUGGUCAAUCCGUCACCUUGGGCGACAAAAUGGGUCCCAUUUUUGUCUCGAUUGGAGACGCUGAAAAGCUACAGAUUUUUCUCGACAAGAAUCAGUACGUCGACCGAGAUGACGCCUUGGUGGACGACUAUAGCUUUGGAGCCUACAAGGCUGCUGGCUUUGGACGAUUUGACGACCAAGGUGACGAAAUUGCCAAGGAAGGCCUGAAGAACAUGGAGGCACCUCAGCUAGGUUGGAAAGGAGCUUGGGACUAUAUGACAACUGUGAUGAAGGUAUCACCCAUCCCCGACGGUCUCAAGUUUGGGGAUAUCCCUGAAGGAGUUUUGCGAUUAGGAGGCACCUUUGUGGUCAACGGGGACGAAAUUGUUUACCGAUGGAGUGACCGGUUACCAGGAGAUCAUCCUGAUAUCAACAAUGUUCUAAGCAUUGCCAAGGAGGCAUCCGCCAAGGGGUCCAAGCAAAAUAAGGCUCCCGCACUACAAUUCCCCAAAAUGUUUGGCUUGUAA